AUGCAGCACGUGGCAACAGGCGGCAACCAUGUAUCUGCCAUCAACGUUGUACACAGUUGCCAUGUCAAAUCAACUGUGAUUACAAUGUCUAAACAACUGUGGAUGCCUAGUGUGAACAAAUAUGCCAACGAUAUUGCAGAUAGAGCACAACAAAUUGGAAUGACAGACCAGCUUCGAUUAGCACAUGCGGCACAACAAGGACCUUCAACUGCAAUCAACAGCGGCAUGGGGACAUCUACUAUGGGAACCUCUGAGCACACGGAAGGAGCGUUCCACCAGCAAGUCGACAAUGCUACCACAAACAAUGCAGAAUCAGUGUCAGAACUAGCAAUCGUUCCAGCAAUGACGACAAGCACACCUUUGCACACCAGCACAAGCAACACUCAAACAGAUGAAACAGCCGCCGAUACUGAAGUGAAUGACGUCACAAACCUAAAGGCAAAGUACCAUAGAGAGAGCAGGUUGGCUGACAUAGAAGACAUGAUAGCCUACUUUGAAGAGAAAGCAAAAGCAGAUGCUGAUCUCUUCUACAGGAUAAGAUUGGAUGAUGAGGACCGUGUCAAAAACAUGUAUUGGGUGGAUGGUGCUGCAAGAAGAGCCUACAAACAUUUCGGUGAUUGCAUUUCCUUCGACGCGACAUAUCUCACAAAUAUGUACAAGAUGCCCCGCGCUCCAUUUAUAGGAAUAAAUAACCACAAUCAGUCAUUGCAGUUCGGUUGUGGACUCGUUCGGAACGAAGAUACACAUGAUUACACUUGGCUGUUCAAAACCUUCUUGGAGUGCAUGGGUGGACUUGCUCCGAUGAACAUAAUAACAGACCAAGAUUUUAGCAUGUGUGCAUGCAUAGAGGAGGUCUUUUCGUUGGCAGUGCACAGGCACUUCAGCUGGCAUAUUAUUAAGAAGGCUGAUGAGACGCUAGGAACAUUCUUUGCUGACUGUCCAGAGCUAUACAAGGCAUUCGAGUUGUCCGUGGACCACAGCUUGACGGUGGAGGAGUUUGAACAAAGCUGGACGGAUAUGAUUGAAACAUACCAAACUACUCAACGCAACGAGGGGUUCAAUGCUGUUUUGAAGCGGUACGUGAGCCCUGGCAAUUCAUUGCUCCAGUUUGCCAAGCAGUACACAGCUUUGCAACAGAAAAUACUAGGAUCUGAGCUACAGCAAGAAGCAAACACCGCGCUCAAGCAGCCUAAAUUGCUAACAUAUUUACCGAUGGAGAGGCAGAUGAGAAAGAUAUAUACAAACAAGAUUUUUAACAAAUUCCUGGAAGAAAUAAAGCAUGCCAGCAUGUACACAGCUUACCAGGUGGACGCAAAUACGUUCAAGGUGUGUUCUCUCUUGGGCAUGUCUGAUUCAGAACCUAAAGACCCGGACAAGGAAAGGAACUACUUUGUGAAGGCCUCGGUAAACGAAGGUGAAUACUACUGCCAAUGCUACAAAUUCAAACGGGACGGGAUUGUGUGCUGUCACAUACUGAAAGUAAUGGACAUCCAUGCGAUAACGCGAUUGCCCCGCCAUUUCAUACGACAGCGAUGGACUUGGGACGCUGACGAUGCGUUGGGGCCACAGACAUCAAAUGCAAUUUUGGAUGUGCAUGAUGAGAGACCAAAGGCAACCAUGGACACCGUGAGGCACGUUGUGUUGACCAAGAACUAUGCUGAACUAAUAGAUGAAGUAUGCAAGAGUGAUGAGACAACGAGGGUGGCAGAAAAAGACAGGAAGGCCCUGAAAAGAGAGCUUGAUGAGAUCAAAAAGAGGAAGGCUGAAGAAGCCUUACACAGGUUCCCCCGCACCUCAAGAGUGCCUUCAUCCACAGGGCCAUCAGCUGAAAACUCGGAGGUAGGGUCUGGAACAGAAAGCACGCGAACCCAGGUCAGGAACCCGCUCCGUUCCAUCACAAAAGCGUGUCCAAAAGAGGUGAGAUACAAUUUGGGGUUGGAAAUUCAAGCAAAGCACAAGAAAACAAAGAAAGAGGCGGGCAACCCGUAA